AAUUUGAGGCACCUAAACAGAAAAAUAAAAACUCCCUUUCACCCUGCCGUCGUCGAGUUCUGUACUCUCUCACUUUAUCUUUCUCUGCACCGUUCUCUCUCUCUAGAAUCGUCAAAUCUCAAAGAUGGAAGAAUUGAAGCCGAAUAUGCAAUUUUGAAGCGGACAACGAUUUAGGGUUUUUCGAGUUUGGAUUUGGGCAUUUCUGGGUAUUUUUUGGAAAGCUUGGAGGAUUUGAUUUAUUAGGGUUUUGAUACAGAAAAGGGGAAAAAUUGAGGAAGAUAAAUUGAUUGAAUUGUUGGUUAAAGCUGCAGUGUUUGGUUGUGUAAAAAUUGGGAGAAAUGCAAAGAAACUAUCUUCAGUUUUCAUUGGAGGGAAGGUGAGGGGUGUAGUAGGAAUCUGCGGAGUAUCAGACAGUUUGUGCCCUCGAAUUUAAUUACUACAGAUUUUAGUUUUUUUCUAGGAGCAACGAGAAGAAAUAGAUAAGCUCUUAACAAAACAAGACGAGAAAUGCAUGCAACCUUGCAGCCUGGUGGUUGUUCUCCAAAGCAAGCUAAUGGUCCUACGUCAACCACACAAUUGAAACCUGGUUCAGAUAAAAAUCAGAACGGCGGGACUUCUUUCCCUCCUCAAAUCAAAGGAAAGAAGAGGGAAAGAGGAGAAUAUGGCGCUGAUUCCAUCAAAAGAGAACGUUCUUUAAGAACUGACAGUGGUGACUCUGUUCAAUGCAAAACUGAUAGUAAUUUGAAAUCAGAGAUUGCAAAAAUAACUAAGAAGGGAGGAGUUGUGGAUUUGGAAGGGGUUGACAAGCUCGUCCAACUAAUGCAAUCUGGUAGAAUGGAGAGAAAAUUGGAUUUGGUUAGUCGUUCAAUGCUUGCAGGUGUGAUGGCCGCAACUGAUAAAUUCGAUUGUCUUAGUCGGUUUGUUCAGCUCAGGGGUUUGCUUGUAUUCGAUGAGUGGCUCCAGGACAUUCAUAAAGGGAAGAUUGGUGAUGGUAAUAGUUUGAAGGACAGCAAUGCAUCUGUUGAGGAAUUUCUUUUGGUUUUACUUCGUGCACUUGGUAAGCUCCCUGUGAAUCUUCAAGCCCUUCGAAUGUGCAACAUUGGUAGAUCUGUGAAUCAUUUACGUUCACAUAAAAACAUUGAAAUCCAGAGGAAGGUUCGGAGCUUAGUUGACACAUGGAAGAAACGUGUUGAGGUUGAAAUGGCUAGCAUUGAUGCAAAGUCUGGUUCAACUCAAGCUGUAUCUUCAUGGCCUUCCAAAUCACGCCUUCCUGAGGCCUCUCAUGGUGGGAACAAAAAUUCAAGUGUGGCCGAUAUUGCCAUGAACAGCUCAAUAACUCAGCAUUCCACAUCUAAAACCACUUCACAUGGGGAAAGCAACACAAAGUCGGCAUCCUCAUCUCCAGGCUCAAUGAAAUCGGCAUCGUCCCCUGCAUUUGGCAAGGAGAGCCAGCCCAGAAUUUCUGUGGAUUGCACUUCUGAUACCCCUCUAAUUAGGGAGGAUAGGAGCAGUAGUUCCAAUCAGUCUCAUAAUUACUGUCAGUCAUUCUCAGCAAAAGACGGAAAGAGUUCCACUGCGGGUUCUGUGACUGUUAAUAAGAUAUCGAGUGGAAGUUCUCAUCAUCGAAAAGUAAGUGGCUUUCCUGGGACCUCACUGACUGGACGUCAGAAAGAAACCAGCUCAGGCAGAAGUUCUUCAGUGCACAGAACUAGUCCUUUAGAAAAGUUAUCUCCAUCUGCCUUAACAAAUGAAAAGGCUGUUGAGGGGCCCAUUAUUGAAGGAAGUGGUCAUAAGUUAAUUGUAAAGAUAACAAAUCGGGUUCGGAGUCCAGCACAAGGUGCCACUGGAGGAUCUCUAGAAGAUAAUUCCAUUAUGAGCUGUCGAGCUUCUUCUCCCGUGCUUUCAGACAAACACCAUAAUCCAAAGGACGGGAGUGAUGCAUAUCCACGUAAUGUUCCUACAGAGAUGAAAGCAGAAUCAUGGCAAAGCGAUGAUUUGAAAGAUGUGUUGACUAGGUCGGACGAAUGUGCUGAGUCAUCUUUAGCUCUUCCCCAUGAAGAGCAAAGUAGGACCACUGAAGACUGCCAGAAAUUAAAAGAAGGCACCAAAGGAAAUCAAUCGGAGUCUGGAAAGUUGCAGAAAACUACGUUCAGUCCCAUGAAUGCUUUAAUUGAGAGCUGUGUUAAGGAUUCUGAAGUAAAUUCAUCUUUAUCACUUGAAGAUGAUAUGGGAAUAAAUCUACUUGCUAGUGUGGCUACUGGAGAAAUAUCCUCACCUACUAAUUCUACAGAAAUCACCCCUGCAGUUGAUGAGAAGGCCAGAUCAAACUCUUCUUCAAAAGAUCAUAUUGCAGGAGUUCAAAGUGAGUGUUCUCAUAAUGUUGAUCGUGCUAGCAGGCAGGCAGGUUGUGCGUUGACUGAAGAUGGAUUACAUCAGCCUAAACAUGAAUUACUUGAGUUAUCUGGUGACAAAAAAGGUGCUUCAUCCAAUACAUCUGGAGAUAUAAUUGCUGGACAGGGUGAUAAACACUUUGACCCUUCCAGCACUGAUCUGCGAAGCACUGCAGAUCCUAAGGAGGAGAAGUUUAAUGAAAUGAAGUUUACCACGUCUUUGACGCUUCCCAUUUCCAUGGAGAAGAUAGUUGAUGGUAAAUUGGGUAAACAAAUUCAUCAUGAAAAAGCCAUUUCAGGUAAGGUUAACAUUAUUGGUCUUUUAGAUUGUAAAGCUGGACAAAUGGACAUGAUAAGUGGAGACAAGGUUACUAAUGAUUGUUUAAGUGCAGAAGUGAGUAAGGAAACAGUUGAAGUUUCAUCGUCUAAUCAACUGUGUGAAGGUGACUGCAAUAGUGAUGUGAAUGAAAGGUUGAACACAGGAAUUCACUCUCAGCAGAAACUGACUGUUGCCAUUGCUAAGUCUGAACUUACAGGAGGUAGUAAUGAAAAGCCACCGCAAACAUUAUCUUGCCAGAAAUCAAUUUCUGAAAAUGGUGAUGAAGUCAGAGUGGGUAAAGCACAUGAAAAUGAUGGUAAGGGUUACAUUUGCCAGUCUGAAAGAGAGAGUUUUGAUCAAGGCAUGGACAAAAGUGCGGCUGUAGAAGGUCAAGUUGUAACUGGUCUUAAUUCCCUUGCUAAUGAUGUCAAGAAUCACCGUGCUGAGAUCAGUGCAGAAAAUAAAGAGAUUCCGGAGCAUGCUUCACUGCCUGAAAAUCUGCUUCUUGCUUCUCUGGCCCAGGAAGAGCAAAAAAGUACAGAGUUGAGAGAAUCCAAGAAUGCUGGCUGCCUUGAAGUAAAUGAAACAGACGAUUGCGCUUCCUCUGGUGCAGAUGUUUCUUCUUCCUCUGUUGCAGGAGCAUCAGAUCUGAAUGCAAAGAUGAAGUUCGACUUAAAUGAAGGUUUUACUGCAGAUGAUGGGAAGUAUGGGGAGAUGAUCAAUUUGAUAUCCUCUGGUUCGUCCAAAGUUCAUAUGAUGAAGCACUCGCCUUUUGUUGUAAAUCCUAUUCCCAGUGUCCUUCCUACUUCCAUUACAGUGGCUGCUGCUGCCAAAGGUCCCUUUGUUCCUCCAGAUGAUCUGUUGAGAAUUAAAGGGGAACUUGGAUGGAAGGGAUCUGCUGCCACUAGCGCAUUUCGGCCGGCUGAACCCAGGAAGAUUCCUGAAAUACCAUUUGAGACAACAAGCAUGACUUCCCCUGUUGCUUCUACUGGUAAACAUGGCCGUACACCCUUGGAUAUUGACCUGAAUGUGCCAGAUGAAAGAGUUCUUGAGGAAAUGGCUUUGCGAGGUUCUGAUUUUGCUGUUGGUUCAUCAUCUGGUUAUGCAAGCAAUCGUCAUAUCAUGCAGAAUGCCAAUGCAGGUUCUAUGCCAUUUCUUCGCUCGGGAGGUCUGGACCUUGAUUUGAAUAGGGUUGAUGUAUCAAAUGAUAAUGGGCAGUUCUCCGCUAGUGGUAAUUAUAAAGUGGAUUCUCCCAUUGUAUCUGUUCAGCCAUUAGGUGGUUUAACCACUCGUAAUAGAAUGGAUUUUGAUCUCAACGAUGGGCCUGAGGUUGAUGAUGCUAGUGAUGAACAGCUUUUAAUCAAUCAGCAGUGCAAGGGUGGUAUAGCAUCUCAGCUGCUGCCUACUGCUGGCCUUAGAAUGAAUAAUUCUGAACUCGGGAAUUUCUCAUCUUUGUUUCCACCUGCAAAUACUUACUCUACAGUGAAAAUUCCAACAAUAUUAGCUGAUCGAGGGGACCAUCCCUUUCCCAUCGUUCCAUCUGGUGCGCCACAGAGAAUAUUUACUCCUAGCGAUGCUACAUUUACUCAUGAUUUUCACCGGGGGUCGGUGUUGUCAUCAUCUCCUGCAGUGCCUUCUCCACCUGGUCCUUUCCAGUACUCUGGUUUUCCUUUCAGAACUGCUUUUCCUAUCCCAUCAGCCACUUUUCCGGUUGCCCCAACCUCGUAUAUGGAUUCCUCAUCUGGUGGAAGGCUGUUUACGCCUCAUGUCAAUUCACAGUUACUGGCACCCGUUGAUGCUGUCUUGUCCCAACAUCAGAGGCCUUAUGUAUUCGGCCUUCUAGACAGUAGCAGUAACUGGGCGAUGGAGAACAACAGAAAGUGGGGCAAACAGGCACUGGAUCUUAAUGCAGGCCCUGGAGCCGUGGACUCAGAAGGAAAAGAUGAAAUGUUGAGGCAACUUUCCGUUACCAAUUCACAAGUUCGCACAGAGGAGCAAGCGAGGUUUUUAUCAAGUUCAGGGGGCAUUUUGAAGAGGAAGGACCCCGAGGGAGGGCGGGAUAAUGAGAGCUUCAGGUACAAGCAAUCUUCAUGUCAAUAGGAUUGUAUACUACUGCAUAUAGCAACUGUUAGUCCUGUAAGUGUUUUUUCAUCUCAUUGUGUAAUAAAAAUAGAUGAUGUUGGGAUAAACUAGCUCCUUUGCGUAUGACUGAAAAAUCUUUGUUGUUAGUGGAGGAAAUCUUGAUUGUUUUUCUCGAGCAAGAAACCCAAAAAAUCCAUAAACGUAGAGGUUUCUUGAUUGGUUUGAUAUUUUAAUUUAGUAGAGCAUCAGUUUUUUGUUUGAGAAUCAAGUCGAUUUCAUGAAUUGCAGAAGAAGAGAAUCUUUUCA